GCCGAGAAGAUCGUGGAGACCCUCAAGGCCGUGGGCGCCAAGGCCACUAUGGACUAAACUGGGACUUCUAUACUACUCUCUGCUUUCGGGGACUUUUUUUAAUGCUACCGGGUCACCCUAAGCUUUCAUCUUCCCACCUCCUCCUUCGUUCUAAGCGGAUGAGCGAAGGGGGAAAGGGAAGAGGGAGAGGCUACCUGGAUGGUCUGGACGUUGUGAUUGGACUGCAUCUCAUCAUGCUGGAGUUUUGUCUCGCACCACCCUUUUUCUUAUUCCGUCAUGUAUUGUGUGUGUGUGUGUGUGUGUUUUUAUCCUAUCUCUUUUCUUUUCUCCGUCAUAUAUCUCUUAAGACUGUUCUGAUAUAAACCGGAAAGCGGGAAAAAGGCGGCGAGUGUACAUUAUUAUCGCAUUGA